AUGUACCCGACCUCUCAUCAUGUCCAACCCGGUCAUAAUGCAAAUCAUAAUGCCGCUUACAAUACGCACCAACCACUCCCGAACGGCAACGGCCAUCACCACCACCACCACUCUCAACAUCCCAACGGACACUCACAUACGCAACCCCCGCCGCAGUCCCAUCGUCCACCCCCGGCACAAGCGGCGGCGCCUAAAGGGCGCAUCACCGUCUAUGCCGUACCCUCCAUCACCUUCAAGGGCGACGAUGUCAUUGUGGGCGACGCCCAAAGCACCUCCAGACGCUCCUAUACCCCACUCAAAAUGGUCGGCGAUGGGUCGUUCGGCACGGUGUGGUUGUGCGACUGGCACGAGCAGUUGCCCCCGAAGACCCCGCUUUCGGCCAUGCAAUGCAAUACUAAUCCACGGCCGGAAUAUGCGGGAAGGAGACUGGUAGCAGUGAAGCGGAUGAAGAAAAAGUGGGAGGGAGGUUGGGACGAGUGCAAGAAUCUCAAAGAGCUUGAGUCUUUACGCGCGAUUCCUUAUCACCAAAACAUCAUCCCACUAUACGACUUCUUUCUGCUGCCGGAGACUAAGGAACUGUACUUUGUCUUCGAGUCUAUGGAAGGCAACCUCUACCAACUCAUCAAAUCGCGUAGAGGUCGGCCUCUCGCCGGCGGGCUGGUAUCCUCCAUCUUUCGCCAGAUCAUCUCCGGGUUACAUCAUAUCCAUGCGUCUGGCUAUUUUCAUCGCGAUAUGAAACCUGAGAACCUGCUGGUGACGACGACCGGUCUGCACGACUACCGCAAUCUCAGUCCUCACGCCUUACCGGGAGCCCCGCCGGAGAAGGACGUCGUCGUCAUCGUCAAGCUCGCCGAUUUCGGCCUCGCGCGGGAGACGAAGAGCCGUCCGCCGUACACAGAGUACGUCUCGACCCGUUGGUACCGCGCUCCGGAGGUCCUCCUGCGGAGCAAAGACUAUUCAAAUCCUGUCGACAUGUGGGCGCUGGGCGCGAUCAUGGCGGAACUCGUCAACCUUCGGCCUCUUUUUCCCGGGCAGGACGAGAUCGAUCAGGUGACGAAGAUCUGCGCAGUGCUGGGUGACCCGGUGGAAGACUACGGCACUGAUCCGAGAGGCAAGCCGAUCGGUGGAGGGCAAUGGCCAAAGGGCAUCAAGAUGGCAAAGGCAGUCGGAUUUGCGUUUCCCAAGAUGAAACCGCACAAUCUUGCACGCCUCUUCGAUUCGAACGUCCAUCCGAAGCUGGUCGAAUGCAUCGUGGACCUCUUGCGGUAUGAUCCCCAAGAGCGCCUUACCAGCCUCCAGUGCAUACAGCAUGCUUACCUGCAAGAGACAACGCCACUAGUUGACCUGCCAGCACCCACCCUCCGAUAUGCCACCUCUGAACCCUCAGUACCCGUCGCAGCUUCAGCUCAUGCUCCUCGUCAAGCUGCAGAACUCCGAUCCUCCGAAUCCAUGCCAUCUGUUGUCGCACGGGAUGUGCCUUCUGCACAGGUGCAUGCCUCUGGUUCGCACCCCAACCUCCCAAAGGCGCCCUUCAAUGGCUCUCCGCAUCUACGGACCGGCGGUAUACCGGAUGCGGCUACCUCUCACCGUACCGCAUUCUACGCCUCCACGUCCUCCGUUACGCAGAGCCCGUCGCGUGCGACGACGGAUUAUGGGCGGCCGAUCGACGCCACGGUUGUUCCACCAGUGCCGGUGUAUGCCGGAGCGAGAUCGAACUCAUCGUGGCCCGAUGGACACAGUAUGGACACGUCGUCUGCGCAGCGCGCGGCAGCGCCGCCUGGCUCGCCCAUGGCUCAAGACUCGCAACCUCCGAGACCUCAGGUUCCGCAGGUGCAAGUCAACGGCAUGGACCCCCAAGCACCUGUGCAUGUUGGGAAGCCCGGCAAGUUCUUCGGCAAGAAAUGGGCGCUUGGCGGGAUGUUCGGCAGCGACAAGGCUCAUGCUCUUGCCGCUGGUGGACAGUCUCCAGCCGAGGAGUCAACCAUCUCAGCGUCUCCCACGGUGCAUACAUUGAAGCGUGCCAAGUCCAGUAGUCUCGAUGGUCAUACCAAUCCUGAGUUGACACUUUCUCCUGCGGAACUCAAGAAGCUGCAGAAGAAGGAGGCUGACCGGAUUCAGAAGGAAGCAGAGCGCUCGAAGCGUAUGCUUGCGGAAAAGAGGCAGCUGGAGCAGGCUCGUGCUGUCAUGCAGAAGCGCAGGCAGAUGGCCAACGCAGGUGGCAUCGUCGAUACACACAACGUGCCGUUACACUUCGUGCAUGGUGCUGCAGGAGUUGCCGCCGCGGAGAAGGAGAAGCAAGUCCCCUUGCUUCAGCCAAGACAAGUGGACACCAACAUGCUCAGUCCCUCCGCCGGUCAUGUCCCCGAACACAACGAUAGGAUGCUUGGCGCGCAUGCCGAGGAACGCUGGCGCGAAGACCACCACCGUAUGGCGAAGGCGCGUCGGCGCGACUGGGAUGACGAUCACUCCAUGUCUUCGUCGGACGUACAGAGCGUCGGCCGGAUGUCUGUCAUCUCCUUCGCCACCGUGGACAGUGACCCUGGCCCGCCACACUUACGACAUCGACCGAGUCUCUUCGGUUUGGAUCGGAUGACCAGUACAUCCAGCUUGCGAACCUCAUUCGGGGACAGCGAUCAGUUCCCUCAAUCCGUGAGGUCGUCGAACUCCUUGUCGCUGGAGCAGCAGCUCGCUUCGGAGUUCCGUAUGCGGGCCACCAUGGACGCCACCAGCUCACCACCGCCACUGAACAUGCUCACCCUGUCUCCGACGCAGCAUCGAUGGGAUCAGGUUCCGAAACGCGAAGGAUCAUUAUCUCCGGGAUUCCAACGACCAACACACAUCGACUUGCCUCCACCACGUUUUACCCCUCAAUCUUUCCAACCAGGUCAACAUAGCCCCUAUGAGCUCGGUAGCGAUCUCACCGCUCAUCCGAUGAGUCCGGGCGAGCUUCCGAAAUCGGCCAUUAAUCCCAUAUUUAAGGUUCCGACGUUACCCCCAGGUGCCUCGGAUUCCCCUGCAUCUCCUAAUGCGCUGCCCCCAUUCUCGCAUCUCGAGGCCGUCGCUGAAGGGGAAUACCCGCCAUUAUCCCCGAUGUCCUUCGCCGGGGGUGAGGAUUGAGCCCGGACUAGGAACAAAACCGUACACUCCUUCGCCUUUUUUUUCCCUUUUGCCAUAUUUAUACCGUUUUUUCUUGCUCUCGGCAUGUCUGUUUCCUCCUGCACCCAAUGCACGCAUCAUUCAUUGCAUCCGUUC